UUGCUACCUUGCAUAUACCCUCAGUUGGUCACCCGAUCGAGUCACUGCUCACUACUGCACUGCAACUUCCGGCAAUAUUCAGCACGGCGCUUCCGUCUCCGCCCCGGUGGCUUGCUAGCUCUUCGACGGUCCUUGCUGCGCCAUGGAGGAAACCCCACUCCCACAGCCACUGGUUCCUCGCGUCAGGCUCGGCGCCCAGGGCCUGGAGGUGUCUAAGCUGGGGUUCGGGUGCAUGGGCCUGACGGGCUCCUACAGCGCCCCGCUCAGCGACGACGCCGGCGCCUCCGUCGUUGCGCACGCCUUCCGCCGCGGCGUCACCUUCUUCGACACCUCCGACUUCUACGGCCCCCACACCAACGAGACGCUCCUCGGCAAGGCGUUGAAGCAGCUGCCGAGGGAGCAGGUGCAGGUGGCCACCAAGUUCGGGAUCCAGCAGUACGCGUACGACGAGGGCAGGGGCGCCGUGUGCGGCCGGCCGGAGUACGUGCGCGCCUGCUGCGAGGCCAGCCUGCGCCGCCUCGGCGUCGACUACAUCGACCUCUACUACCAGCACCGGGUCGACACCACCACCCCCAUCGAGGACACGAUCGGUGAGCUCAAGAAGCUGGUGGAGGAGGGGAAGGUCAGGUACAUUGGGCUCUCGGAGGCGAGCCCCGACACCAUCCGGCGUGCUCACGCCGUGCACCCGAUCUCCGCGGUGCAGAUGGAGUGGUCCCUGUGGGCUCGUGACAUCGAGCCCGACAUUGUGCCGCUCUGCAGGGAACUUGGGAUUGGAAUUGUUCCUUACAGCCCGAUCGGCCGCGGGUUCUUCGGCGGAAGAGGAGUCACGGAGCAAGUGUCUGCUGAAUCCAAUCUGAAAAAGCACCCACGGUUUUCGGCAGAAAAUCUGGAGAAGAACAAGCAUCUCUAUCUGAAAAUGGAAGAACUAGCCAGGAAGCACCACUGCAGCCCUACUCAGCUAGCUUUAGCUUGGGUCCUGCAUCAGGGGGAUGAUGUGGUUCCCAUACCAGGAACAACCAAGAUCAAGAAUCUGGACUCCAACAUUGACUCCUUGAAGAUAAAGCUCACGGAAGAUGACCUGAAAGAAAUUAGCAGCCAGAUACGUGAAGAAGAUGUGGCCGGUGUAAGGAGUUAUACUUCCUUGGCGCAUACCAACUGGAACCAUGCAGACACACCAAAGAAGUAAAACUACAAAAAACGGUGAUAUGUGAGAAUAAAACAGCCAUGCCAUCUACUGUAUCUGCUAUCGUGCUGAAUGGUGCUGCAUGUACCUUGUGAAUCUUCCGUGCUAAAUAAUGUACUGCAAAUAAGAACAUGUGCACUGUCUCCAGGAAUCAUGUAAACUUCUGUCUGCAUGCAUAAAAAGAAGACCGAGACUGUAAGACGUGAUUUGCCGUGCUCGUCCAUCUUGGAUGAAAAUA